CCGAAUCAUUACUAUCAGUCGGCGCAAAGAGGUAUCGAUUACGACACCCGCAGCCYUGAAAAGGUGACCAAACGAACCACAACGUUUGCGAACGUAAUUUAGAUUCACAGGGAAGAUAACUCGUGAGAAUGGAGGUGCMAAGUACGAGCAGUCCUUCAACGGAAGAAUCAGCCGAGGAUGCCAAUCCCCUCCCCCACGAUGGAGAAGAAGUGGACRWUGGCAAUAGUAGUGAUAAAGCCAAAAAAGAAAUAUUGUCAGCUUGCGAGAAUCAAUCUACCCAGGAAAAAAUUGAAACAGAACUUGCUGAGAUGGUUGAAACAGACCUCACUCUAGCAGCCAACGACGAUAUGAGCUCAAAUUCUCUAGGCGAAAUACAAACGAUACCAUCAUUAGGCGAAGAAUCACCUUCUACGGUUGUCAACGAAGAAAAAGAGGAGAUACCCAAUAAUGAAAUUGUGUCAACGAGAUCCUUUGCAUUCUCGUCAAACUGGUCCGAAAUAUUUGGGAGCCCAGUCGAGUCACAAGGAUUUUCACCGAGCCAAGCUGGAAGUCAUCAUGGAUUGGGUAAGAAACGGAAAAAAGUCGACGGAAGAUUUUUUUGAUUUGAAUCUCGUCUUCUUCACUUUAUUGUUGACUUUACCCUAUGGUAUCUUACUAUGACAUCUGUCGUUUGUUCGUUCGUUCGUUCGUUCGUUCAUUCGUUUUGACGUUCCUCGUUUCGGUUGAGCCAGGAUUGAAAUUGGCUGUGGAAGAACAUUUUUCAACAGCUCUAUUUCUUGGUGGCGUUUCAAAGUUUCUAUCUGGUAUGGCUGGAAUUUACGAACCACUCGGAAACAAYCUCUUGAGAGUAUCUCGUAUGAUAUCUCCACAACAGUUGCCGUUCAAAACAUCGAUUGAUGACGACUUUCGUUCACUGAACGAAGCAAUUUUUUCCAUGGGCAGUGGCUUCCGGGAUUCAGCACAAUGCUACCGUUCCGAACUUGUUGUCUCGCUACAAAGGAUAUUGGCUACUGUUGGAAACGAAAGAGAAAAGACAUUUAAAUGGUACAAAGAAGCGAAGCAAGGUAGUGUGGAUGCGCGAACUAUUGCUCUAUCAAACUAUUCGAAAGGCACAAAUGCUGUGGAGACUGCCGAGACGGAGAUCAAAUUAUGGUUUUCGAAUCUACGACAAAAGCAGAUCAAUCGGACUAACGAAGAGAYAGAAGAAGGUGAAGUUGGAAUAGAGAUUCAGGAGACAGAUAUGCCAUGGGAAAAGUCUUUGAAAACAAUUGGUACUACGGAAAACGAGGURGAUUCCACUUGUCUCCUCAUCAAWAAGCUUCGACUUGUUCAAUCGUGUGAACAGGCAUACAUAGCUAGUGUAAAAAAAGAGAAUGAAUGUGUGCAAUCAUCACAAGAAAAGGAAGGACUUGCGUUGAACAAAAUACAAAAGGGCGAAGAAGAUCAAAUCAACUUCUUUGUAAAUGAUAUUUUGGCGAAAAUUUUCCCUGAAAAUAGCGGUGACGGAAGUAAAUCUACCAGUCAAGCAUCCCUCAAGAUGAGCGAUAAGGAUAAACAAUUUGGAAUACAGGAAAAAGGCAACAAUUUGCUUUCGACUUUGAACUUGUUCAAAACUCAAAGUACUCCUUACGAAGAGGGAAUGGGCAUCAUGGACGCCGAGACGCUGGGGCUUUCUCAAGAUCUCGGAGUUCUGAGAGAUAAGAUGAAGUCGCGCUUUACAGAGCGUGAAAACCGCAUUAAAGCAACCGAAACCAUUAUCAAAUUAUUUGAAGAAAUCACGAAUGUGACCGCCAAGGCAUCAUUUAGGAUGCGCUCUCACAUAACAAACCAAAGGUACGUCCCUAUUUUUAGGACGCUGUAGCAACAGGACAAAACGUAACCGACUUUGUAUUUUGACAACCAAACUCACCAUCUUCCUUUUCCAAACAUUGGGAUAGACGAAAAGCUGCUUCUGAUGCUAAAGCUUCGGGAUCCUUCAUUGCUUCUCAGUCUGGAUCUAUUUGGGAAACAAUAUUGAAAAUAUUUGAGGAUGAAGCAAAGCUUGUUUCUGAGGUAGCUUUCAAAAUUACUAAAUUGGAGAAAUGGUUCUCUUCAUGCAAAAGAGCUUUAGAAAUCGAAAACGAUGCAGACAAUGCUGCAUGGAAACAGGUAUGCGAUGCCGCCCGCUUCGAAACGAGAUUAGAAUCAAGAUACAAACAGACGAAACAGCAAGUCGAAAUUGCUCGACAGCGAGCUUCUUCGAAGGAAGCAGGUCUUUCGUUGUCGUUAAUGGGAUCAACAGAUUCGGACGAGAAUCCACAAUCACCRAGAAAAAGGACCGAUUCCUCUGGAUCUGGAUCCGGUGCUUCAGCGAUCCAAUCAACGCCAAAUAAGGUCGGCCUAGCAUUCCUCAAAGGAGGCAAUGCUAUGAAGAAACUCACCGAAAAUGCAAUGGUCCAGAUUGCGCAGAUUAGCAUGGCCGAAAAAGACCAGAAAGAAGCAAAUGACAAGCUCGCAUUGGAGGAAGCGAGGGUAAAAAAGAAAAGUGCAGUGCUUGCCUAUACAACGUAUACAAAAGAACGCAUACGCAAAAUUGAAUCUGAAGACGAYAUCGGAUGGACUGAGAUGAAAAAUACAGUUGAAGAGUUGAYAGAGAGUGCGAAUGCAUUGAAUACGGUUCGGUCUAAUGCGUUUGAAAAUCGUGUAUCAAAAGAGCUUGAUACCUCUUUUCAAUCGUUGAUGGCGACCAAGGAAGAUUGGUCCAAGAGAUUUCGAGAAAAAAUAUUGAACGCUGAGCAGUCAUCCUUGUCUUCAACUGAUGCGGUUACAGAGUAUACUCUUGYGAUAAAUCCUAUCAAAUCUGGUAACGUUGRUCGGAUUUUGGGGRUGACCGAAACCGUCACAACACUGGCAGCAUUGGAUUUGGAGAUUGAACCACUAGAWCAAGAAAUAAAGGAAGGAGAUGUUGCUAGUUGCAACGACAUCCCCUCAGACCAAUCUAUUUCUCCAAGUGAUAGCACUCCCGCAGAGACGUCGACCGAUGGCACCAAUUCUGUCAGGUCCGAAAUAGGGGAGAAAGAGGUCUCUACUACCGAGGAGAGCUCUGAAAUGAAGGCAUUCAUUAAGCGCUUUUGGUCAAAGAAACCAAAAGACGAAAAGAUUCCGGAUAUACUUGAAACACAUCUUUGUGCUUACCGUCCAAAGGAAAGGGUGACCCUUUUGACUUCCAAUUUAUACGGUCGACUCUAUACAACCAAGGAUGCAAUUUAUUUCCUUGCAUCUGACAAGCAUUUCACGUUGCAAUGGGAUACUAUCACGGGUAUCGAAAAGGAAAAAGGAUUCAUGGGGUCGAACAACGACACUGAUUUGGUUGUAUCUUACCGCUCUGACAACGAAAUCUUAUCGUUUCUUCUCUGCCGUCUCAAGGACAGGGACGAGGUMGUGGCACAUCUGAAGAGGCUGAAGAAAGAAAGUGACGAGCGCAGGGCGUCAGAAACACCAAAGGACAACACUGCCGCUGACGCAAAAUCAUCCUUAGUUCCUCCGGAUUCUACGCUGRAGAAGAUGAACAUUGUCUUAUCCAAGACGAUMAAAAAUAUGUCGAUUGAGUCUUUGUUUGAAAGUGCAUGGGCCGACCGAUCCGAGGGCGAAUCCUUUUACGGUUCGUGGCUGAAGGAAGAGGAAUGYUUCGAUGUUGCGACGGAAGAAUGGAAGAUUGCCGAAGACACCAGAUUCAGGAACGAGUGGUGCAACGAAGAAUACGACCAGUACCGUCUCGUGACUUUCAAGUUCAAUCGUACCACCCACCUCUACAUCGGUCCGCCCGUGGCAAUCGUGAAGCAGCGGCAUUUCAUCCGGGUGGAAGGCAAGGAUCGGUGCGUCCUUGCGAUUUCCGCGGAAUUCGAUGGCAUUCCGUACGCCGACACCUUUGCGGUAGAGAUGCGCUGGGUAGCGACGAGGAAAGGUGCGAAGGAUGUCCAGGUCGAGGUCGGCCUCUUUGUGAAUUUCAAGAAGAGGACGAUGCUCAGGUCCCAGAUCGAGUCCGGAACCAUCGAGGAGACGAGGAACGUCCACCUGCGCCUGUUCGACGCCGUGAAAAACGCGGCCCGGAAGUCCUUGGGCGGGCAGCCUGGCGACGAGGACGAAGACGAAGCCGAGGACGAUGCCGUUCCCGUCGGGACGGCAGAGCCGGGCUUGCUGGCUCUUUUCGGAAGCCUUGUUGGCCCGCUCGAUCGGUCCACGGUCCUUUCGUCGAUCGCAGCCGUGUGCCUGCUGCUGGCCGGAAGCUACGCGGGUCGGUCGUUGUUUGGGUCCCCUUCUUCCCCGGACACCCAGCGGCUCGAGCACCAGAUGACGGAGCUCCAGAACGAAGUCCGCGSCCUCCGCAGGUCGCUGGACCUGGUCACGGAUCUCCUGAAGGAGGUCGCGAGCCAGCAGUGCCACCCAUCGGAAUAGAUGCACCGUGUGGCGUUCGGGAUGCUGCCCCGUACGGGCAGCUGUGGCUCGAAAUAACAACGAAUAGAGUGCGUUGGAUCCGAUUCGAAUUCGAAUCGAAUUCGGAUUCGAUUUCGAUUCGAUUCUUCGAGACACAAACUAGUGUAAAAAUGCCGAUCGCACGUAACGUAACGUAACGUAA